AUGAAUCAGUUUGACUGUUUGUUCAUUUCAUGUGAAUCAAGGUUUGCAACAAAUUCAGACCUUGGUGGCGUCGAGAGGAUCUCUGUCAGCGCAUUGCGACCGGAGUAUGGAGCUAAGCCAAAGCAUUACGUGAAGAUAGAAGAUCUUUCAGAUGAUUCUACCACUUUGGAUGGCAAGUUGGCGCCUCCCCACUCAAUGUUUCUAGUGAAGGGCUGGACGCGAGUGUUGUGCAUAUACACUGUCCUCGCCUUCUUGCGGGAUUGCCCUCAAAUGAUAGAGGAUUGGGAAAACGUGGGGCAGCUGGCCACGGCCUAUCAAAUCGGUCGGGCUGAGCUUUCUGUGCAGCUGGCGGCAGCGAGCUCCUUGAAAGUUGCUUCCGAAGUGGAAGGGGACCUUGACAAGAUGCGCGAGUUCUUGCAGCGUGCGCGAGCGCAUGCAAACCGCCAGGGCAACUUGGACCUCAAGUACCUGGGCUCAAGGUUUGAGUGCGGCAAGACCUUCGCCAACAACUUCACGAAGAGCCGCCGCAGGUACAUUGAGAUGCCUCUUCGAGAGGGACCGGUGGAUUUGUUGGAGGUUCUCACCAAAGAGAGUGGCGGUAGCAACGUGCAACUUGACGCACACGGUGAUGGUGAUGGACGCCAGCCUGUGGCCGCCACGAACCUUGACCUGACAGGUUACAUCGCCAUGAGUAAGCUGUACAAGGCUGCGUCUGGGUUCAACAAAAGCAGCGCGAUGCCCGGGUUGCCAGGCCCCGCAAAGGAGACUCUUGUGGCAAAAGCUGUUGAGAUUGAGAAGAUGAUCGCAGAAUGGAACAAGACGAACAACAUGGGGCUCAUCCGUGCUGCCGGGACCAUGGGAGGUCGCGCUGCUGCAGCAGCUGCGGCCAUGGUCGUGCAGCACGACACGGUCAAGGUGGUAGCAACGGACAGCUGGGAACUUUUUCUGAUGAACCCCAGCGACAAUGCUGUUGAAUUGAGGCCGUGCGAACUGUUCGGCUUCAGCACCGGGACCUUCACUGACAAGCCGAUAGGCUUGGACCAAGUAUCAUUUCAGAUUGCGAGUUCAUCCUUUUAG